AGGACAGCGCGGCCAUUUUAGGCGCUGUUCUCGUUGAUCGGUGUUAGAAAAAGCGGUGUUAAAAUGCCUGAGCCUGCCAAGUCAGCGCCCGCGCCCAAGAAGGGCUCCAAGAAGGCGGUGACCAAGACGCAGAAGAAGGGCGACAAGAAGCGCAAGAAGAGCCGCAAGGAGAGCUACUCGAUCUACGUGUACAAGGUGCUGAAGCAGGUGCACCCCGACACGGGCAUCUCGUCCAAGGCCAUGGGCAUCAUGAACUCCUUCGUCAACGACAUCUUCGAGCGCAUCGCCGGCGAGGCGUCGCGCCUGGCGCACUACAACAAGCGCUCCACCAUCACGUCGCGGGAGAUCCAGACCGCCGUGCGGCUGCUGCUGCCCGGCGAGCUGGCCAAGCACGCCGUCUCCGAGGGCACCAAAGCUGUCACCAAGUACACCAGCUCCAAGUAGAGCGUCCCGGACCGCCAGUUCUAACCCAAAGGCUCUUUUAAGAGCCACCCACAUACUCCUUAAAAGAGCUUUGACACGUGUCGCGUAUAUACGGGUCAUUUCAAAGCGUGAACACACUUACCGAUAACAUUGUUAUUUUUAAACGUGCUGUUUGUGAUCACAGUCCUUCAGAAUUUGUGCUGAUUAGAGUCUCAAAAAGCUGAAAUAACGCAACCUCAAAUGUGUCUAUGAAAUAAUUUUCUGGCUUUUGACUGUCGAAUACUCCUUGAUGUCUUACAAUAAACAUGAAUGCUACUUUUAAA